AUGAUGACAUUUAUUAAAAUCAUUCUCACAAUAUCAAAAAUCCCUUUUCACGCCCUAAAGCUUAGUGAGAUAAUUGCAUAUAUUCUCAAAUUUAGUAGUUUGAUUUUUGAUUCUGACACAAAAUAUUGUGUUGGCAUAAAAAGGGAAUUUGUGCAGCCUUAUUGGGUUGAAAUUCUUAAAAAUUGGAGAUGGGGAAGCUCCACAUGGGGAGCUUCAAAUUAUGCUAACGCAUAA